ACUGGUGGGGAAAAAACUUCCUCUUUUCAAAUCCUCAAAUUUUGCAGCAGUGAAUGAAACAAAAAAAAACAACAUACAUAAACCUAAAAAAACAUUUAUGAUGUGAUUUCUCCUCGUAAAUUUCAAACCAAAUGCUCUCUACAUAUUGAUUAUCCAGUAAUGCCCUCCAUCCAUGGCAUUAGUGUUCAUUUUAUUUAUUGAAUUUCUGUUUCUGGUGGGAGGGUGUUUUCCUUUCAUUUUGGUUUAUGUUUUGCAGUUUCGCUUCUUUCUGCGAUGCAAAUUUAAUUUCAGACUGAUGUUCUGAGCUUCACUUCAGCAACAACACACAUCCAGCAAUCAGGAUGAAGAUGAUUUCACUCUUCAGAUUUAUCUGCUUGAUUCUGACUUGGACUCACAUUCAGACCUCCGAGAGACCAAACUGUUACGAAUGCGACAAUUAUCACAUCUGCAGCUGUUCUGCAAAAGACUUCCAGCAUGUUCCCAUCGUUCCCCCCGACGUUCUUUCCCUCGACGUGUCUUUCAACAAGAUCGAGUUCAUUACCCAGGAGGAUCUGAGUGUGUACACGGAGCUGAGAACUUUAAAGCUGCAAUGGAACAAACUCGGCACCAUCCACAAAGAGGCGUUUCAUUCCCAAAGCAAACUGGAAGAGCUUGAUCUGUCCUUCAAUAACCUGGAGAACAUUUCUUCAGUCUGGUUUUCUAAGCUUCAAGCUCUCAAACAUCUGAACAUCUUGGGAAACCGAUAUACAACCUUGGGAUCUGUUGCCUUGUUUGAAUUUGUUGAGAACCCCACACUGAAAACGUUACAAUUCGGCAACCCUUUAAUCGAGGAUGUAAGGCGGAACAUGUUGCAUAAGGUCAGACGGCUGGACGAGCUGACAUUUGUCGGUGGUAAUCUGAAAUCAUAUGAAAAUAGAAGUUUUCAAACAGUUGAACCCAUCCGGGCAGUUUCAAUCAGCCUUCAGGGUUUUCAGAAUGAUUCAACACUCGUAUCCACGAUCUUUCGAGAUGUUUCUCACCCUGAGACAUCUCUGACCAUUAGAGAUAUUACAAUCAUGACAAAUGAAGAUGCACAACCCUUUAAAGAAGUCAAAGAAGGUUGUACCAGAAGGCUUACUUUUCAAAAUGCAAGCAUGACUGAUGAGGGGGUCACCAAGCUUCUAGAAGUUUUAGAUGGCACUCCGAUGUCUUACUUCGGUCUGGAGGAUGCUUACUUCGUAGGUCACGGUUGGUGGCAAAAAGCUCAGUGGACACAUUACGAAAACCUGCACAUGCUGUUUAUCCGCAAUCUGGAAAUCCAGGGCUUCUUCAUGUUCAGCAGCAUGAUGCAGUUAGCCUUUCUGCUCAAGCAUUUUACCAGGGUAUCAAUCAUCAACAGCACUGUCUUCGUCAUGCCGUGCAACACCAGCGCUCUUCUACAAAAGGUGGAGUACCUGGACAUGAGCCAGAAUCUCCUCUCAGAUAUCACCCUGCAGGAAACUUUAUGUAAUGGUGACUCCAAGAUGCGUGAUCUUAACACACUCAAUGUAAGUUACAACUCGCUGAAAUCUUUCCAUCUCCUGCCGCGGCUGGUUUCACGUCUCCACAGGCUUACAUCACUAGACCUGAGUCACAAUGACUUUUUACACAUGCCACAGAGCUGCACUUGGCCUGCAAGUCUCAGCUUCUUAAAUCUCUCUGCUACAAAACUCCACCGCAUAACCCCAUGCCUGCCUCAGAGCCUGACCGUUCUGGAUUUGAGUCAUAAUUACCUGAUAGCUUUCCACCACCAUCUUCCAAACCUUGUGGAGCUCUGGCUUACAGGAAACAGGUUUAUUUCCCUCCCAGAUGGUGGACAGUUCCCAAGUCUGCGCGUGUUACUCAUUCAAAUCAACACAUUGAAUAUGUUCAACCAAAGCAACUUGAUGGCAUUCCAGUCUCUCCGCUUCCUGGAAGCUGGUCAGAACAAUUUUGUUUGCAGCUGUGACUUUGUAAAUUUCUUUCAGGGUCACACUGAUCACUUGGUUAAGCUACGUGACGGACGUCGUAACUACGUGUGUGACUCUCCUUUCACAUCAAGGGGUUUGGCGGUAGAUAACGUUCAACAGGGGUACAUUGAGUGCCACAUGAUCCUGUCCGUAUCUAUCCUCUGUUUUAUGUUCAUCCUCUUUGGAAUCAUCACCGUGAUAUUCUGCUACAAAUGUCACGUCUGUUGGUACCUCAAGAUGGUAGCCGCAUGGUUGAAAGCCAAAAGUCAUCCAGCCGUGUACAGCAGCGAGACGGAUAUUCGAUAUGACGCGUUUGUAUCGUACAGUCAGCAUGACGCCGAGUGGGUGGAGGAAAUCCUAGUGCCGAAGUUAGAGAACUCAGGGAUCGCUCUGUGUCUACACAAGCGAGACUUCCAGCCAGGCGGCUGGAUUAUGGAUAACAUCAUCGAGUCCAUCGAAUCCAGCUAUCGGACACUCUUUGUCCUGUCAGAGAACUUCGUGAAGAGCGAUUGGUGCAGCUACGAGCUGAACUUUUCACAUUUUCGGAUUCGCGACGAGCACAACGAUUCGGCCGUCCUGAUCCUGCUGGAGCCCAUCGUGAAGGAGAGCAUUCCCAUGCGCUUCUGCAAACUGCGCAGAAUAAUGAACUCCAGGACCUACCUCGAGUGGCCUCAGGACGAGGACAACCGAGAGGAAUUUUGGCACAACCUCCGAGCUGCACUGAAGAGGGAGGAUGACUAAUACGGCACUGAUCACUCCCUCCUCACUCAUCAGAGUCAAGACUUCUGACAGUUGCAAAUGAACCCUUUCAUCUUCAUUCAAAUUCACUAUUCUGAUUCUGUUGUGAUUGUGUCAUCUCAAAACUGUUACAAUCUGAGCUUUAAAUAAAAUUAUAUGUAUAUAAAAAAUCUUAAGAAUCAGGGACUUUCCUGUUCAUCUCAGCUUCCUUA